CCAUUUUGCUUUCUCAGGGCUCCAUUCAUAAAAAACACAGAGCACCUAAAAUCCACCCUCUCCCUCUGCAACUUUAGCCCACAAUGGAUACAAUAACAAAGCAAAAAGAAGAAUUCAUCUUUCGCUCAAAAUUGCCAGAUAUUGACAUCCCGAAAGGCCUUCCUCUGCAUUCAUACGUUUUUGAAAACUUCUCUAAAUAUCCAUCGAAACCUUGUCUGAUAAAUGGCGCAAAUGGGGAUGUCUACACCUAUGCCGAUGUUGAGCUCACGGCAAGAAGAGCUGCUUCUGGUCUUAACAAGCUUGGAAUUCAACAAGGUGAUGUGAUCAUGCUCAUCCUGCCAAGUUCACCUGAAUUCGUGCUUGCUUUCUUAGGUGCUUCACACAGAGGUGCCAUUACUACUGCUGCCAAUCCUUUCUCCACUCCUGCAGAGCUAGCAAAACAAGCCAAAGCCUCAAAAGCAAAGCUUUUGAUAACACAGGCUUGUUACUAUGACAAGGUCAAAGAUUAUGCACAACAAAACGAUGUCAAGGUCAUGUGUGUAGACUCUGCCCCAGAUGUGUGCUUGCACUUUUCAGAGCUAACACAGGCUGAUGAUAAUGAUAUGCCCCAAGUUGACAUCAGGCCUGACGAUGUUGUGGCAUUGCCUUAUUCUUCAGGGACUACAGGAUUACCAAAAGGAGUCAUGUUAACACACAAAGGGCUAAUAACCAGUGUGGCUCAACAAGUAGAUGGCGACAAUCCUAACCUAUAUUUUCACAGUGAAGAUGUGAUUCUGUGCGUGCUGCCUAUGUUCCAUAUUUAUGCUCUGAAUUCAAUAAUGCUUUGUGGGUUGAGAGUUGGUGCUGCAAUUUUGAUAAUGCCAAAGUUUGAGAUCGGUUCUUUGCUGGGAUUGAUUGAGAAGUAUAAGGUAUCUAUAGCACCAGUUGUACCACCAGUGAUGGUGGCAAUUGCCAAGUCACCUGAUCUUGAUAAACAUGACUUGUCUUCGUUGAGGAUGUUGAAGUCUGGAGGGUCGCCAUUGGGAAAGGAGCUUGAAGAUACCGUCAGAGCCAGGUUUCCUCAGGCUAGACUUGGUCAGGGAUAUGGAAUGACCGAGGCAGGACCUGUUCUAGCAAUGUGUUUGGCAUUUGCCAAGGAACCUUUUGACAUAAAACCAGGUGCAUGCGGGACUGUGGUUAGGAAUGCAGAGAUGAAGAUUGUUGAUCCUGAAACAGGUUCCUCUCUACCAAGGAACCUGCCUGGUGAGAUUUGCAUCCGAGGUGAUCAGAUCAUGAAAGGAUAUCUUAAUGACCCUGAGGCAACCUCAAGAACGAUAGACAACGAUGGAUGGUUACACACAGGCGAUAUCGGCUUUAUUGACGAUGAUGAUGAGCUUUUCAUUGUUGAUAGAUUGAAGGAAUUGAUCAAAUAUAAAGGGUUUCAGGUUGCUCCUGCUGAACUCGAAGCUUUGUUGCAAGCUCAUACAGGGAUAUCUGAUGCUGCUGUGGUAGGGAUGAAAGACGAGAAUUCAGGAGAAAUUCCGGUUGCAUUUGUAAUAAAAUCAGAAAACUCUCAAGUCACCGGAGAAGAAAUUAUGCAGUAUAUUUCAAAACAGGUGAUAUAUUACAAGAAAAUAAAACGAGUGUUCUUCGUAGAAGCCAUUCCCAAGGCACCAUCAGGCAAAAUCUUGAGGAAAAAUUUGAGAGAGAGGUUGGCAGGUGGUUUGCAAAAGUAAAUGAAGAUUGUAAAGGGCAUAUAUAUUUUACACUUCUUUCUUGUUUGUUUUAUGCUUGAGAAAACCUUACAUUGAGUCCUUGGAAAAAGCAAAAGUACCAUACAUAUAUAAGAACACUACGGCUUUCGUAUAUAUACAAACUCUUUUAUGUUGCUUUGUA